AUGGGCUACGCGCGCAAUAAGACUGACAUACAGCUAUACUGUCUGCCAAUUGCUAUUUGUGACGUCAAUUCGUACUACAUAGAACAAAGGUGUAUAUGGUUACGUAUUGUCGCCAGUUGUGUAUCAUGUGUGACAUCUGAACCGAUGUUAUUUGAGCGUAUUGCAACAGCUGGUAAGGAUUUCGCGCAGCUUCUCGUGGAGACGCCCGCUGUCGGCUACCGUCAUAUCAAUGCUAGAUGGCAUGCCGCUAUCUCUAAGCGCGUGAACUAG